CAGGAUGGCAUCGUAAACCCAACAGUAAGAAAAGACUUAAAGACCGUACCAAAAUUCUACUGUUGUCCAAUUGAAGGCUGCCCCAGGGGCCCCGACAGACCAUUCUCACAGUUUUCUCUCGUGAAACAGCACUUCAUGAAGAUGCAUGCUGAGAAGAAGCACAAAUGCGCCAAGUGUGGCAACUCGUACGGCACAGAGUGGGACCUGAAGAGGCACACGGAGGACUGUGGCAAGACCUUCCAGUGCACGUGUGGCUGCCCCUAUGCCAGCAGGACGGCGCUGCAGUCGCACAUCUACCGCACAGGCCAUGAGAUCCCCGCAGAGCACAGGGACCCACCUAGUAAAAAAAGGAAAAUGGAAAACUACCUGUAGAACCGGAAGCUGUCCGCAAAGACCAUCGAAUCCUUCAGCAACCAACCACGGCUCCAGCCAGACACCCAGGAACUGGAGACUUCAGAACUAAAACUCGUAGCUGCUCUUGAGGACUCUCGUGGCUCCAGGAAGCAGAGUGUCCCCCCACCUCCCAGACAGCCUCAGAAGCUGCUCUUACCAAAGCCCAAGGUGGCUCUGGUGAAGCUUCCAGUCAUGCAGCUGUCGCCUGUGCCACUCUUUGUGCCUACAGCCGAUUCCUCCACCCAGCCCGUGGUGCUGGGCGUCGAUCAGGGCUCUGCGACGGGGGCCGUGCACCUGGUGCCUCUGUCCGUGGGGGCCCUAAUUCUUGGCCUGGAGUCCAAGGCGUGCUCCAUGAAGGAGAGCCUGCCCCUCUCAAAAGUUACAAAUCCCAGUGUGGAGCCAGUCAGUGCAGGUGUCCAGGUGAACCUGGGGAAGUGUCCCAACCCCUCCCUGGAGCUAGAGGGCGUGUGCCAAAGGAACAGCAUUUCAUCCACCAAUGUGCAAACAGACCUGUCCUGUGCUGCACAGCACUUGGUCCCUUCUGUGCCGUGGGGCAACCCUGACUCUUCCGUGUCGUCUUGCUCUCAAACUGACCUGACGUUUAACUCGCAGGUGUCCCUUCCCAUUAGUGUCCACACUCAGACACUUCUGCCAGGCUCCAAGGCAGUGUCAUCCAUCGCUGCGCAGACAGACGCUUUCAUCAACAUCUGUCUCCAACCAGGUGCGGUCUCCAAGGAGACCCAGACCUGUGGGGUUCCUGGGCCCCUAGACCACCGGCUGCCGAUGGACCAAGCUGGGUUGUGUGGGGACAUCUUUGACAGCGUCCACUCCACAUACAGUGUUCCCACAGACAAUAUGAUAAACAGCAGUUUAGUAGCAGAGACCAUCCCCCAUGGUUUGUUACCUCAGAGCAACCCCAAGGCUCUCAGUGAAGCAGUGGAGAAGCCCAUGCCCAUCUUAAACUUCAGUGCACAGAGCAGUCUGCUUCCCUCUCAGAACACGACAGAUAACCAGACCCAAACCAUAGACCUCCUCAGCGACCUAGAAAACAUCUUGUCAAGCAGCCUGCCCAGCCAGGGGCUGGACAAUCGUGGUCUUUUACCUGACACCAAUGCUGGGCCUGACACCCAGCUGCCUUCUGGACCCCCCCAGAAUCCCAGCAUCGAUUUUGAUAUUGAAGAGUUCUUCUCUGCCUCCAACAUCCAGACUCAGACUGACGAGAGUGUCCUGGGCACCAUGCACGCAGAGCCAGCCCUGGAGUCGCUGGACAUUGAGACCCAGACAGACUUCUUCCUUACAGACCCGUCCGUGCCCCCCUUCGGGUGCAGGGGUGGCACCCACUUCCUAGGGCUCGAGAUGUUUGACACGCAGACCCAGACAGACUUAAACUUCUUCCUGGACAGCGGCCCUCACCUGCCCCUCGGCAGCAUCCUGAAACACUCCAGCUUUUCCAUGAGUACUGACUCAUCUGACACCGAGACCCAGACAGAAGCCCUUUUGGCCCCCCGAAACGUCCCUGCUCUGGAAAACAAAGUGCAGCUAAACAGCGCCGAGACACAGACCACCAGGUCGGGCCUGGAGGCGCUGGGGAGCUUGUUCUUCACCAGCAACGAAACACAGACAGCCAUGGAUGACUUCCUGCUGGCCGAUCUGGCCUGGAACACCAUGGAGUCUCAGUUCAGCUCCGUGGAAACCCAGACCUGUGCUGAGCUGCACAACUUCUAAAGGAUCAGGCAGACGAGAGUGGCAUUUGCCACUUCCUCCCAGACUUAAAACAAAAACGGGGAACAGGGAUGACAGUAUUACCUUCGUUGAAUGUAGUCCAUGACACAGUGCUUAGGUUCCUUGCGGUCUUUUCCCUUUUGUACUUGUAAACACGGUUCGUGUGUGAAUGUGAGUAUAUCAUAAAGUGUAAGCUGUCGAUCUGAAAGUGUUUUCACGUUGCCUACAUUCGCACUUUCAUGGCUGGUCUGCCCAUCCUGUGUCAAACGCGUGCAGCCCCGUAGCUGAAGCCAAGCUUGCCAGUGCUGGGGUGCAGGCUCCGCCCAUGUCCCAAGUGUGUUAGCCAAGCGUGAUGCACAUCACCUGCACCUCAGGCGCUCCUGACGGUGCUACACUUGUGCCCGCUUUGCCAUCUCUUCCCAGCUCCUCUCUCCAAACACUGAGGGAAACCACGGCUUGCUUUAUGUGGAUUUUACAACGGUUUUCUUGAAAUCACUGCCAUCCUCUCCUGAACGCUUACUGAUGCCGAGUACUGUCCUGCCUCACCAGAAGGUUCUUGCUGUGAAAUUAUGCCCAGAGAAGGAGCAGCCAGCACUGAGUGUAAGCCGUAAGGCUCUCAACCCUGUCUUGGUGACAAAAUGGAGCCUGGGUCAAGAGCACAAUGCCUCCCUGUGUUCUUUCACCACUGUCAGUCUAGAAGACACCCGUGUGGGGUCUCCUCCACCCAGCAAGCUGGGUGAGCCCGGUGUGCACAGUUCUGACACCCCCACAGUCUGGCCCUCCAGAAUGUCUAGCAGCCAGCCAGAAAUUGGAGUUACCACGACUCCCACCUUGAAUUUGGUUCAUUUGCUAGAGCAGUUUGCAGAACUCAGGGAAACUCAGGCCACAGUAUUGGGGAGGAUACAAAAGGAGGGAUGCCCAGGUGCACUGUGGGAGGGGACAGCUGCCAAGCCCUCAAAGGGCACCACACGCUGGGAUGACCUGCUCAACUGUCCAAAGCUCUUGGAACCCAGUUCUCGGGUUCUUGUGGAGGCCUCAUUACAUGAGUGUGGAGGAUUAAAUUAUUGGUGAUCAGCUUAACCCGCAGCCCCUUUGCCCUCCCCGAAGGCUGUGAGAAGUGAAAAGCGCCCAGCUGUCUAACCAGGCUGGGCCUGCCUUGUGCCUGUCCCGACCUAAAGCUGCCUGGGACCAGCAGCCACCAGUGAGUGCACUGUCAUGCAACAACCAAAAUGCUUACUGCACAGAUGACUUGCAUUUUACAAGGUGUAUGCCAAGGAGGGAGACCCAGUGUCCAUGUCACACCGCCGCAUCCACAGACAUCCCUGCCCUCCACGGCAGGCCCACGUGGGCUCCAGAGCUGCUUCACAUCCCCAGUGUGCCCGCCAGCUGCCUCCAGUGUCAUCCUCUACUGAAAAGGAGCAGAGAAGGACAUUGCCCCAUACCCAGACUUCACUGCUACGCGCUUCAAAGCUUUACGGGACAAGGGUGCAAUCUACGGUCAUUUGGAAGUGGCUUUUCCUUCCAUCCACCACUCAGUCCUUUCCUAGAAUAAGGAAACACAUUGGUCAAGGAUGUAUUUUGUGCCUUGAGGCUAACAGUUACACACUAGAUCCAUCCAGAAUGUGGUAUUCUGCUUAGUGUUGCUUUAUUUAAAAAGUCACAUAGUCUUCAAAGAAAGAAGGUGGAAACCUGUGUCCUCAAGAACAUGUUCUGUCUUUUGAGCCCAGCACACAGUCAAGUAUGCUUUGCCAGUUCUGUGUAUCCAACAGGUCCUGACCUCUUAAUAGCUGCCCAACUGUCAGGAAAGUAAGACUCAGUCCAGCGUGCGAGGUCUCGGUUACCCCGGAUGCACUGCUGUUUCUGUGGCACGCGCUGUGCUGCCCAAGACUAGCUCCUUAACACUGAAGAUGCAACUGGAUUCAUCAAAGGAAAUGGGCUGUGAGCCCCUGAGGCCCGCCCCGCCCAUCUGACACGAAGAACUGGGAAUGAGUGGCUCGCUCUCUCGUGGGCUGUUAGGUGGAGUCAUCCUGCUGGGUAAGUGUGCUUCGAUCGCAGUUGCCUAUGAACAUGGGUUUCAAACAUAAAGCCUUAACUUAGAUUGUCAUUGUUUUAGAAUUGUCACUGCCUUAAUGUUCAGACAUCUGUUUAAGUCCUCCCAAUCAAGGAGAAAUGCAUGUUUGUGUAUGGCUUUUUGUAAAUAGAAAUGCAGUGAUCUAUGGCUUUAAACAUUUUUUGUGUGUCUAUGAAAAUGUUUGUUAAUUCAACAAAUAGUUAUUACAGAAAAUGGAGCAUGUGGUUGUUCUUCAUGUGCAAGAACUGUUUCUCCCCAAAACUUUAGUCAGCUGCUUUGUCCUAAGAUUAUUUGUAAAAACCGAAAUCCAGUGAUUAAACAGAAGCUAGUAUUCUA